UUCUAGAAUCCUUGUUCAGUUUAUUGUCAAAAAAUAGAAUUUAGUAAUCUAAUCAUCUGAAAAUCCACAGGUCCCCCAAGCACCCCACUUAAACCUCGCACGCACCAAUAUGGCGACUGGUGUGGAGAAUCGACCGUAUAGCAGGCAGUCCAGCUUGGAAUCCUCCGCGAACCACACCAAAGUGCCAUUGUAUAAAGUGGUGUUCGCAGGUUUCAGAGGUGUUGGAAAAACGUCAUUGUUUCUGCGCAUUCGGGACGAGAAGUUUUAUGGUAAAGAAUCGAGAGAUAUGACUCCAGACAUUUGCGUUAAAGAAGUUGUUGUUGCUGAAACGGGAGAGAUGGUCAAGAUCCAGUUUUGGGACACUGCGGGUAUGGAUGAGCGUCACACGCUCACACGCAGUCAUUAUGUAGGGAGCGCAGUGGUACUUUAUGUCUACAGCUCUGAUGAUAUGAACUCAGCUGAUGAACUUAAGUGGUAUCUUAUCGAUGCAAGCCAGCACGCUGCAGGGGCCAAGAGAAUUUUUAUCAGGAGUAAAUGUGACCUCGAUGAGCAGAGCACAAACAAAGAUGAAAUUAUGAAUAAGUUUGACAAGCAGGGGUAUGCAGUUUUAGGGACCAUUGACACUUCUUCAAAGACUGGAGAUGGCGUUGAACAUUUACUGCAGACUGUUGCAAAAUACCUGGUAAACCAUGCAAAGCCUAUCAAGAAAGAAGACAAAUUCAAGGAUUACUAUAAUCCACCUACCCCUAAACCAACAUGUUGCUAAUAAGAAUUGUGGCUUGGACUCAUUAUUCAUACACUAUUCAUUGACAAGAGAUCAAAGGGGCAUGUAAUGAGUUUGUGUUAAUUUUAAAUAAUUGUAUGGCUAUUUUGGCCUAUUCUAUUCAUGGCACGGAGACUCAGCAGUCUUUCCCUAAAGUCAAAUCCAAAGAAAGAAAGUGCUGGAUCCCUAAGCAUGUUCAAAUAGUGGUUAGAUGGGAGGGAAAAGUCCACUAUACCUAAGAGGAAGUAUGAGAAAGACCCAAAAAUCAACUGCAUUGAUCAAAUAAAAAUUCUAUUAAACAGUGGUAGAUACAAACAAUAGAUACAAACAAUGCAGGAAUCGACGACACGAACGAGUGGUUCAUUGGCACUCUUCUUUUUCAUUUCUUACAAAUUCUAAGCUUUUAUUACAUUAUAACAAUUUUUAUCUUGACAUCUGACGGGUUACAAAGUCCGUAUUAACGUGCAAGCUGUAAAUCUAAGAAUAAAUAUAUUUUUUAUGCAUUUUAUCUCUUUCCCCCCUUUCGGUUGCUACGCAACUACUCGAGAACUGAGAUCGGCAUGGGACUUGUCUACUUAUAAUGGGACAGUUGGCUCCAGGGUAAGCAGCCAAUUUUCCGUCGAUUGCUUGGUGCUUUUAGAGGAGAAAUAUCUUUAUAAGGGAGGAGCAGAGGCGAGGGAAAUAGAAACAGUGCGUGUUACAUAUAAAACCAAUCCUUUCAAUUGGACCUUGCAUGUUAACACGUCUUUGUUUUUAUUGUUUUCAAGUAUAGUGUCCACAAUAAUAUCAGAUCUUUCCCAUCAUUUCCCUCUCCGUUUGAUUCACCCACAUUAACCGUGAGCCAGGCUUUUCAAAGACCAAUUCUAUUUAGAAAGGAUAGAAUAUUACAAAAAAAUCAACGCAUUUGGCAAUAUUUGAAGAAAAAAAACAAAAACAAAACAAAAACGCGUUGUUACAAUGACUAUUUGAGUAGGUCAUUACCGCCCAACUAGUUGCUCUUUGUUCUUUGAUUCUCGAUCGUUGCGCUCCCCCGCGGCUAAAAAAACAGCGAUUAAAAAAUUUUCUUGCUUCAAAAUCUAAACGUAAGAAGUUAUAAAAUCUUUAAUGCAGUUGUCUUGGCUUGAAAACGGACGUCGCUAAUACUACGGCUUCCGUUUGACAGAAACUGAUGAAUAACCGAGAAAUCAUAAUUAACUACAAAAUUACUUAUUCCAAAUCUAAUUCUUAUUAAACACAAACAAAAGAUUAUACUAUACAAAUGAGAAUGGAGGGAAAUGAAAUUAAAGCGAACAUGCGAAUGGGCAAAUAACGAGAAGGGAUUUUCACAUUAAUAUACGAGUCGUAAUUUGAAGAUUGGAAUUGCUAAAAAAUUCCUAUCACAUUCAAUCACAAUUUAAAGCUUUCAAGAAUGGAACCCCCAAAGUUUGUUUUUUGCGUGAAUUUUGUACUUUUCUCGCUAUUUUUGCCGCUGUAUUCAAAAGUGAUUAUAAUUGGAGGAAUAUUUGGAUCAAACUUUUCAAAGUCAAUCUUCCAAGACGCUGUGGAAGAACUCAAUUCUAAGAGUAACGGGACGGCCCACGUCUUCUUUGAGUCUAGAAUAGCUGAGAUAAAUACUAAUGGGAGUCUUUUGGAAAAUGUCGAACGCUUUUGUCGAGAAAUCGAAAGUGAAGUGCAUGUUGUGGUCUCCAGGGGAGAAAACGGAGAGAGGAUAUUUUCAAGCGCCGCAUUACAUGGAUUGAAUGUGCCAGUUUUUGAUAUUUCGCCUGACCUGAAAACGAACUCUCCGGCCCUGUCGCUGCCCUCGCUGUCAUCCCGCCUAGCUUACGCAAUUCCACACGUCUUUCAGAAAAUUCAGUGGAAGCGAUUUGCUGUCAUUACCACAAACUCUUGGCAAAGCGCAGAAUUUCUUUCCUUCCUUCAUCAAACAGCAGGAAAAAGCAGUCUUGAUAUUAUAAAAACCGAGCAAUUAGGCAAUAAGCCAGUGAGAGACUUGUUGAAAAACUUGCUGGAUGCGCGGGUCAAUAUAAUAGUUCUGUUUAUUGACGAUAUCUCUGACUGGAAAAAUAUUCAACCUUCAGCAAAUAACCUGGAAAUGACUAUUGCUAGCUUUGCGUGGAUAAUCGUCACAGUAACUCGACUAGAAGUUAUUAAAGUAACGGAGAAACUUCCCAGUCUAACAUUUAUAGUGCAACCAUCGCAAAACAAAUCGACAGACGCCCAACGAGAAAAAAAGAAUAUGGUUUUUUUUUUGGAGUUUGUGAAGGAUAUAUUGAACCAUACUGGCAAAAUCAAUCAGCGAAUCGCAGCAUCGAAUGCGUGCCAUGUCACGUAUUCAGAAGAAGACGGCAGACUCGACGUGAAUGCUAAUACGUACAGAAACACCAAAGUCAUGCUGAACAAUCGCUAUGGAAACCAACUCUACGUCAGCAACCUCGAUCUUAUGAUAGCAAGACAUGAUGUCGAGGCUAGAACGUCACUGUACAAUCUUGGUGAGUGGCGAGGCGGUGAGCUAGUGUUCAAUGAAAGCGCUUUCCGCAAAAUCAGGCCGUACAUCCCAGAGGAUGUCUCUGUCCUGCCUACUUUACGAGUUGCUAUCGUCGAGUACGUGCCUUGGGUGAUGCUAAGCAAAAACGUCUCAGACUGUUUGGGUUUGUCACGAGUUUGUGAGAGGAAAUACAAGGCCCUUAAUAGAACAGAGAAAUACUGCAUUUAUGGCAUCGCAGUUGAUCUUAUGAUCAUUAUAGAAAGCCGGCUGGGUGUGAGGUUUGAGUAUUAUUAUAUCGAGGAUGGAAAUUUCGGGAUCUUUAACAAGAGGACUGGACACUGGAAUGGGAUUGUCGAGGAUUUGAUGCACAACGAGGCAGACAUGGGAGUAGGCUUGGCUAUUACCCACGAGAGAGCAAAAGUCAUAGACUUCGCCGAACCCAACUCGAAGAUCGGUCUCGCUAUAAUUGUCAAGAUAAAUAACGCUGAGCACCAGGAGCCGAAUGACGUCUUCAAAUUCCUCCUGCCUUUCGACCUCAACGCCUGGCUGUGCGUCCUUGGGAUAGUGCACUUGUUUAUUGUCCUCAUCUGGGGCACAGAGAAGGCUCUUCACCGUAAUGUCCCCUUCUUCGAGAUCGCCAUGUACUUAAUUAGCAUCGCACUCGGCCGUGAUACUGGGAAUGACAUGAGGCCGCAGAGCAUGACGGGACGGUGGCUGAGUACGGUGUUUAGUUUUAUCUCGCUUGUGGUGGUCGCAGCAUACUCGGCCAACCUUGCCGCGUAUUACAUCGUGGACAAGACCAACCUCCCUAUAUCGGGCAUCUUGGACCCCAAGCUGACUGCACCAAAUACCGGCUUGACUUACUCUACAACAAAAAAUUCUCGGAAUGAGAUCUACUUCAGGGACCACAGGGAUCCCAGAAUAGCUGAAAUGUACAAAGAGAUCAAGAAACAUCAAGUGAAAGGCUCCGUUCAUGGUGUCGAUAUGGUCAAGAAAGGCGAACUGACAGGCUACAUAGGAGAGCGACCUUCGCUUGAAUACGCCGUCUACAUAGAUCCAGAAUGCCAGUUGGCUCUCGCUGGUUCACAAGAACUCGGUAUCACCAGCUGGGCUUUCGCAUUCCCCAGGGGGUCCCACUGGAAAGACAAGGUCUCGAAAGAAGUGCUGACUCUCCAAGAACAGUCCCUGAUAGAACAGCUCUAUGAUAACUGGAUGGGCCGCAUUAUUUGUAAGAAGAAAAAGGGUUUUAACGUGAUGAAAGCGAGCGACCUUGGAGGCUUGUGGCUCAUAGAGGGGGUGCUUAUCAUGAUAAGCCUUCUCUGUACGAUAGUGGUUAUUAUCUACAGAUACAGGGGUAGAUCUAAGCGAGUAACGAGCUGGGAAUUUGAGAGCGAUGGGAGUUUUGGAGAGGGCAAUAAUGUGAUUACUAAGAGCACGAGUAUGUACUGGUAAUAAUUAUAAUAAUAUUAUAAAUGAUGAUGACGAU